GACUAAUCAUUUGUGAAUUUUGAAAACAAAGAAAAUGAAAUAUUUUCUAUGUCUUUUGUUGGUAAUCGUCUCUGCGGCGUACGGAUAUACUAUUGAAGGAUUUAAUACUACUAGAACUGUGACGAAAGAAUUGAGGGUGAGGAAUGGUGGAAAGUACGGCUUUUGGACAGACCCAGAGUUUUGCCCAAUGGGAACGUUUGCAUCUGGUUACAAUAUGAAGAUAGAAUCUAAUCGGUUUAUUGGGGACGACACGACGCUGAACGCUAUCAAAUUGUCUUGUUCUGACUCUUUGGGACAUCUAGAGAACGGAGCAUAUGUCACUUCCGGUGAAGGGAAUUUUGGGACAUGGGGAAAAACUGAAACAUGCAAUCAAGAGUACCACGCGGCAAACUUUCUCACGGCUUUCUCACUUCAAGUCGAAGCUCCGCAAGGAUCGGGAGAUGACACAUCUGCAAACUACAUAAAGUUCUACUGCCGGGAUCUUGCUGGAGAUCACAAUGAGACCGAACUCGUCCGAUCUCCCGGCCAAGCAUGGUGGGGUACUUAUGGUCAGUGGAGUGAAAGCUGUGACGACAACACGGCCAUUUGUGGACUCAACACGAAAAUAGAGUCUCCACAAGGCCAUGGUGACGACACCGCCUUAAAUGACGUCGUCUUCUACUGCUGCAGUUACACCUAAGUGAACACGGAACCCGGAGUUGGAAAAUAAUGCAAUGCAUGUAUAAAGGAAAGAAUAAACAUGAGUUGUUACA